CACUUUUAGAUGCUGCCAUAACCUUUUUUCCAGCGGGGGGGAGCUGGUAACAUUCUCAUUACAGACCGAUCGCAGGUCUGAUUCCUGUCAAAACUUAAUCGACUGGACUUUUAAUAUGGCUCUUUCAUGAUCCAUGCCUUCCAAAAUCUGAUUUUUGCAUCUUCCGACGGCCAGCUGUGUGGAUGUGGGCUUGAUCAGAUUCGAACUGGCUCGAUCCCGAUGCCCACCAGCGCUCCGCUCAUUAAUGCUACAUGGCAUUGAGACGGACAAGUCGGACGAUGUCACACAACGUCGAACAAGUUCCCCGGAUUCGAAAUUCAGGGUGGCUACCCCAGACUUUACGUCGCCGGUACUUGAUUCCCCUGGCUUGCCUUAUGGCAGCCAUGUUGAUUGUCACAGAAGUACUUCGGCAGUGGGGUUCUAAUACAGGCGGCCUUGUUGUGUUCACGUCCUCCGAUGAGAUCACCGUCGCCCGCCGAUUCAUGUUCACCUAUGCUCCGAGCAUUUUGGGUAUGAUUGUAGCCAUCCUGUGGUCUGUUGUUGAGUAUGAUGCCCUACGUCUGGAGCCGUAUUUUCAACUUUCUAAGCCUCAAGGGGUGUCUGCUGAGGUGCUUCUGCUCAAUUAUGAGUUUGGCCAUUUCACAACCGCUCCAUUUUUUGCCUUUAGAAAUCGACAUUGGAUGGCGGUUUUCAUCUCAGUCCUGAGUGUGCUUUUGCAACUUGUAUUUCCGACACUGCAGAGCAGCCUCUUCAGGAUGAAUGGUGCCACAAUCUCCAAUAGUCAGCAUCUUGAAAUAUGGCCGGACUUGAUCAACAUGGAAGGCCAAGCAUCUGUGUCAUACAACUCAACAGUACACCACACAGCUCAUCGUGAUCAUCGAUAUUUGACUUACGACGAACCAGAUUCAGGUAAAUACGCAAUGGCACCAGUGAAUAUUCCUUGGGAUGUUCAGUAUGAUACGACGAUGUGGGAACUCACCCAGUCAGUCUACUGGGCGGAGCUGUCUUGUACCGACUUAGAAGUGAAGGAUGACGUGACCACUAAUGUUGUGUCUAACGUGUCCCGCUCAGAGGCUGCCUCGUUAUUUGACCAUUCGGCGAUCUGGGAUAUGAAUAUCUCACCGGCUUCAGAGCGCUGCUCGAUGCAUUUGAGUGAAGCGAUUUCCAUACCGUCCACAAACGAGUCAUUAGAGAUAACGCAUUGGCAGCCCAUCUUAUCUACAACAGGCUUAAAUGACAGGUGCACUGCUAUCGAUAUCAUAGGGGUCAUUGUUACUAUCAGCCCGAAUCAAACCAGCCAAAACGUCAGCAGCAACGGCUCGAUUCCACAAGACUCUAAUUACAUCCAUAAUGUCAGUGGCUUCGGCUGCCAAAUACUCUAUCGGACUUCAGAAGCCAGCAUUUCAUUGCAGGUCAACGGCUCUUUAUUCGUUACGGCACUAAAUUCAGCUUCCAUAAGCAAUGUUUCAGAUGUAUCUUUGAACACGACACAUUUCAAAAAUCUUAUUCUGUCGGAGGUUCUCGCGAACAAUGGGACCACGUUCUGGAGCAAGAAACCGCUUGGAGAGUCUGCUUCUCAGAGAGGCCUAAUAUCUACACUUAAUGGAAGUGUUCAGGAAGCCUUUGUGCCAUUAAUGAACAGGAUAUUCGACGUGUCUGCGCAAUCUAAUUAUGUCAAGGCCUCUCAUGUGACGCGUCAAAUGGCCAUAAUGGUAGGGCCGUGGCAGUCUCUUAUUUCAGAGGCGAUACUUGUAUUGAGCGUACUAGUGAUACUGUACCUGGCUUACGCUUACCCACGCCGGCCAAACCUUCUUCGGGGAGACCCUGCAUCCAUUGCAUCCAUGUGUGGCAUCAUGGCAGAUAUCAUUGACAUCACGCAUAUCUCACAUCUCAACCUCGACCAGUUGUCGACGAGACAACUUCGAUCAAUCCUUCGAAAUUACAACUGCCGGUGGCAACAGGACAGAGAACCCCCUUGUAUCCGCAUUGAGCCGUCGCAUGUGCAUCGCUCCAUGGGCCAAUCCGCAAGGACACGGUCUGAUCCAAAACCCCAUUUCCUCCUGAUUCCGAUUUUCGGCCUCGAGUUUCUCAUCUUCGCCGCGGCUGUUGCUGGUCUUGCGACUGUAAUUGCGUUAUGUGUGAAGGAUGGAUACGUUCAGCCGUUGACCUUCAUCAGUUCAAGCAGCAUAGCGGUUCUAUUCUCUCUGGUUCCGUCAUCGAUUGCGUCGAUCAUACGAGCAAUAUGCCUUUCCAUCUACCGAUAUCUAAGUGUUCUGGAACCAUGGUCUGUUCUCCAAAUGGGAGGAGCGUCUGCUGCCUCUUCCCUCCUGCUUGAGUAUGGAUCGUUGAACCCGUUUGCCUCACUCUUCAAUUGGUUCAACUAUAACCAUAUUCUACUUGGGCUUGUUGGGGUGGCGUGCAUUGUCAAUACAGGGCUGAGUAUCCUGGUCAAUGGAUUGUUCCAGCAUGAUCUUGGUCCGACUACUGUGGAUACAGAUAUGAAGACGUGGUAUAGUUAUGAUACAUUCACCAUCAGACAGCCAUCAUCAGUGCUUCCGGAACUCGAUGCUAUGCGGACGAGUAUUUAUAGUGGCUCGUCAAUUCUACCAUGGACAAGUUCCAGUCUCUCCUUUCUUCCAGCUUGGACAGACAACUCCUCAGAUUGGCUUGUGGGGGGCACUCUGCUGGGCGUGGGUGCCGACAUUUUUUGCCGAGAAAUCUCAGUUACGGACAGCUAUACCCAAGAUCCUGGCUCCAGUGUUAGCCACUGGAAGUACUCUCCGUUCAAUGAAUCGAGUACAACAUGCGAGAUUAAUGCAAUACGAACUGCCACUGGCAUCGAAAAUCCUGGUAUGACGGUCAAUUUCUUUGCAUCGACGCCUUACGGCGCAUCUGAAGGUUGCCAGAAGCCAGCUAUUUUGGUGGUGGCACAACCGAGCGGCAGCGAUCAUAACCAAAUCACUAGCGCCAACACGGUAGCAAUGAUCUGCGAAUCCUCCAUCGUCAUGCAGAAUUUUUCGGUGGCAUUCAACUCCCAGGGCUUCAUACAAAACCAUGUUCCUCUCAACGAUACCACUAUAGUUAACGGCCCGAUGUUGCAAAACGGGACUUCGAAUUUAAACAUCUACAACCACAGGUUGUCUAGUGCGGUCCUCUCAAAUGGCACAGUCCAGGCCCCAAAUGCUUCGACUCAGGUCGAUUACUUCGGCAGCCUGACAGUGAGUCUCUACGAAUUAAUGAACUCCAACACAUCAUAUAUUGCCGUCGAUGUACUCACAAGAGCAUCCCGCUCGGUCUACCGGUCCAUGUUUGCAACUGAUCUUUCACUCGAACGAGAUGCAUAUUUCCGCUACCUCGAAACUCCCGCCCACAUCAAAGAUGGCAUUAUUUACCACAUGUCUUGGGCGGUUGUUCCAACUUUGCUGUCUUUCAUCUCUGUGAUGCUAAUAGUGGUUUUUGACGCUUGUAUCGUGGCGUCAGUCUUCAUUACUAGAAGAUACAGAUUCAGGUUUCCGCGAAUCCCGCGAUCCAUUGGCUCCAUCAUGCCCUGGAUUACUCAGAGCCAAAUCUUGAAUGAUUUCAAGGGCACAUAUGCGUGGAGUGACGAUGAACGACGGAAGCACUUCGCCGACCUUGACAAGAAAUAUAAGCUUGAUAGGUUGGAGACACCGGAUGGAAAAUGGAAAUACAUACUCGACGAAGACCGAACGGUGAGCCGCGAUGAUGAUUCAGUCAUAGAUGAGGGCACAAAACCGAAAGAUAACUCGAGAAUUCGACUUCGGGCCUUAUUUAGGCGGACAAAUUCAGAGGCCACGGGUGAAGAUCAAUCUGGUUGAUUGUGUCAUUUAACUCGCAAGAAAUGUGUGCUCACAUAUAAUACCAGCACAUCUCAAGCCAUACGAGCAGGUUGACUCCGAAUCUGUGACGACCUAACCCGCAAGUGGAUGAAAGUAACCUUCUGUUGACAUGCUAGCCUUCAUGAUACUAUCAGCAAGCAUUAUUUACUCUUGCGAGUGAGAAGAAUGUCUGUGGAUUCCGCGCACUGUUUCGGGUCAUACAAGCAGGGAUUCUGUACGCAAUCAUGGGUACACUGGAGUCUUUACUUUCUCAGUACGUGAGACUAUCCGUUUGCUGCAGAGCCCGUUCUGACAGUGGGUGUCUAGCUGCGAGUGACAUACCCCGUAGACUCUCAAGACUCCAAGCUAUUGCUGGCUUACCACGGCAACUGGAUCUCUUCCGUUCCAAU